UCGAGGGGGCGGUGGAGGACUGUCAGCGAUGAUUUGGGAACAUGAAGUCACGUAUUAAUGAAGUGAAGUAAUGAUUCAUACCGCAGGUUGAGAGUGUGCGUUAGAAAAAUAGCGUCAGUUUAACAGGACAGCUCGAGAGGUGACCUUUGGUGUGUGUGUCCGUGUAUGUGUGUGUGUGUGUGUGUGUGUUUGACAGAGACCCGGGGAGGAGCAGAGACAGACACGUUAGCUAGUUUAGCUUAGUAACGGUAGCCAUCAGGAAGAGGUGUCACCGCCGCCUGCCGCACCAACAAGGGACAAGGAGAGCCCGUCUGUGGUCAUGGCCGCCCUCGGUAACUCCGGGGCCACUUCCAGUCCCAUGGUGGUCCUGGCUCCGAAGACUAAAACGAAGAAGAAGCAUUUCGUGCAGCAGAAGGUCAAAGUGUUUCGAGCCAGCGACCCCGUCCUCAGCGUCUUCAUGUGGGGCGUCAAUCACUCGAUCAAUGAUCUCAACCAGGUGCCUGUUCCUGUGAUGCUGCUGCCCGAUGACUUUAAAGCCAACACUAAGAUCAAAGUCAACAACCAUCUCUUCAACAAAGAAAAUCUUCCAGGACAUUUCAAGUUCAAAGAAUACUGUCCUCAAGUCUUCCGUAAUCUAAGGGAACGAUUUGGUAUUGAGGAUCUGGACUAUCAGGUUUCGUUGACCCGCAGCCCCCCGAUGAGGAGUGCCGAUGACCAGGGAGAUUGUCUGCUCCUCAACUCCUACGACCGAACACUGGUCAUCAAGCAAAUCUCUAGUGAGGAUGUUGCAGACAUGCACAGUAUCCUGUCUGAGUACCACCAGCACAUAGUCAAGUGUCACGGCAGCACCCUGCUGCCACAGUUCCUGGGCAUGUACCGGGUGAGCGUGGACAGUGAGGAGACCUACCUGAUCGUAAUGAGGAACAUGUUUAGUCACAGACUGGUGGUACACAGGAAGUACGACCUGAAGGGCUCUCUGGUGUCUCGUGAAGCAAGUGACAAAGAAAGGGUAAAAGAGCUUCCUACCUUCAAGGACAUGGACUUCAGGAACAACAUGCAGAAGGUGUACGUGACCGAUGAGCAGAAGGAGAAAUUCAUGGAGAAACUCAACAGAGAUGUGGAGUUUCUGGUGAAACUGAAGAUCAUGGACUACAGCCUGUUGCUCGGUAUCCAUGACGUGGGUCGAGCUGAACGGGAUGAGGAGGAGGGUGAGGAGGUGUCCAACGAGGAAGAACCGGAGGCGGAGAACGGCCUGGCACCAGGCGCUACGGUGGGCUCCUAUGGCAACUCUCCGGAGGGAAUCGCUGGUUACAUGUCUUCCUGCAAACCUCUGGGGCCCGGGGAGUACGACCCUUACGUGGAUGUGUACGCAGUCGGGAGCUGCCCAGGAGCCCCUCAGAGGGAGGUCUAUUUCAUGGGCCUGAUUGACGUACUCACUCAGUACGACACCAAGAAGAAAGCCGCUCAUGCAGCAAAAACUGUCAAACACGGGGCCGGUGCUGAAAUCUCCACAGUCCACCCCGAGCAGUACGCCAAACGAUUCCGCGACUUCAUCUUUAACAUCUUUGCGUAACACUUGGCGACGAGCGCCGCCAUAAGUCGAUCCAACUGAGAGCUAAACGUCUAUUUUACCAUUGACCAAAAAUAGUAUGCACACACAGAUCGCUAUUUAAAGACGGUGAUCUGAGGCGAGACUACUUAACAUUGUAGCAACAUGAUGUACUACUUCUGAUGCAUAUAUUUAUUUUUAAGAUUUAAGAUGCGUUUCUUAUAGAUAUUAAGCACUCUUUAAUGGAAUAACUCUGGAGCAUUAGGGUACAUUGAAACAAACUGCUGUUGAUCAGUGUUAGACCACAUCAGUGCGAGAUCAAAUAUCAUUUUCUUUUUUUUUUUUUUGUUGUCAGUCACUUUGCUCUGGUUUCCCAGGCAUGAACUAAACUUACCGAAGGAGUUUGACACGUUUGAAAAGUGCGCUUAUUUGCUUUCUUGCCAAAAGUUAGAUGGGAAGAUUCAUAUCAAUACCGUGUGUGUCUGUUAAAGGUUUCCUGUGGAGUUUUUGACCUGUAGUAGUGUUUAGAGUCAUAUCCAUGUCCCCAUUUUGUGUCUCGUACGUGAGGACGCAUAUGCACAUAGUCUCGCUAAUGGUGUCACACUGCUCCACUGAUCUACAGGGGUCAGUAAUACACCAAGAUAUGCAGCAAUGAGGCAGCAGAGGAAGUGAAAAAUAAGACUGUUAGCAAGUGAACGAUGCAGGAUUUAAAAUGCUUAAAAAAUCAGCUUUGCAAAUGUUUAAUGAAAGGGAAAGAUUUGUUAGUACUCGAAGAUAGAGACUGUGGCUGUUUCCGAAAUUCCUUACUAACAUGCUACUUAGUGGGCUGAAACAGGAAGUGAGAUUUUUUUAGUACAUAUGAAACCAGUAUUUUGUGAAAAGCAUCCUAUUUUCGGUGAGACAUUACAGUAUGCAAACACUACGCUACACUGGCACACAUGUCACACAAUGCAGUAGGGUAGUGACGACAAUGUUUAUGACAACGGACAGCGGCGGAGGCAGCUCUGUAACGUCAGUAAGUAAUAAAUGCCUCUCUGGAGGUGAAUAACGGUGGUUAUAGCCUGAUGUGCAAUUAAGUGCUGCAGGGAUGACGUUUUUCUGGAAGUUAGCGUCGCUCUGGUUCCCUCAUCAAAAGGCCUGUGGGAUUUUUAUAUUGGAUUUUUGAAUAUUGCAGAAAAUAAACUUUGUGUCAAACAAAAGUUUAUGAUAAAAACUAACAUCAUAUAAGACUACCCAGGUGACUGCUUCUGUAUUGUGCGGCUCGUAGAGAAGGCGCGUUAGAGACUUCUGCCGACCGAUCUGGCUACAUUCGUUUUAGGGCUCCAUUUACUUGAAUGGGAAUAAAUUAUUUAAUCGUGCAGCUCUUCUAGACUUUCCAAAUGCUAUGGGACCAAAUCCUGCCAGUGAAACGUCAUUUUCCUGGGGGUUGAGAUGCUCAAACAAAUGUAUCCACUGAUUUACAGACGUCUCUUUUGCCAUUUAAGUCAAUGGAAUAAAAUAUUUUUGGGCCGCAGGGCAUCGUGUGAGUGACCCAGAAGUUCCACUGUUUCGCCAUUACGAAAACUGGCUUCAAAUCGCGGUGCACCUCCUGGAGGCCUGGCAGGAACUAGGUAAUUGCAGCUCAGUACAUCCUGUUUAUGUCAGGCCCCCUUGCUACCAAUUUUUCCCAGUGACCACUCGUUGUAUUGCAGUGAAAAGAAUCCCCUGUGGCCCAAAAAGCAUUUUCCCCAUAGAGCGCCAUUAUAAAAGAGACGUCUGUAAAAAUGUUGACAGGACACCUCAAACUGCAAACAAGGUCAAUUAUGAAUCUUUCUAUUCUGACUUUUGUAUCCAUAGAGGUUUUAUAUUUGUAGAACUUUCCUCAAGCUGAGCAAAGCGAUUCAAAAAUCUGUCGUCACAUUGUAAAGUCUUUGAGUCAAAUAGGAACUCAUGGGCGGGGCCAGCGGGAGAAACACUACUCCGCAUAUUCAGUGGGCCGCAUACCGUGGAAUUAAACCUGGAAGCUGGAAAACAUUUUUUUGGCCUAUGCACCAGGCGAGCAACUCCACUGGAAUGAAUAUGCACCGUCUUUGAAUCCGAUAUCUAUGCAUUACUAUAAAGCUAUGGUUAAUUUAAACAAUAGUUUGUUGAACGAUGGUACACAUGUUGGAUAUGUAGUGCAUAGUAUGUGAUUUUGUAGUGUAGAAGACUCCACAGGAUCCCCUUUAUAAAGUGAAGCUAUAGGAGGACCAGGAGAUGCUAUGCUAAGCUAGUUUAGCCUAGCAUAAAUACUGAAAACGGGGGGAACAGCUGGCCUAGCUCUGUCAAAGGGUAACAAAAUCCUCCUGCCAGCCUCUAAAGACGACAGUUUGCAGUUUAUAUGAUGUUAUGUGCACGACUUGUACUUUUUACAUCUUGGUUUUUGUACAGAUUAAUCAAAUAAGAUAUAAGAUGCUAAUUAGUGAGCUUUAGAGGAGCUGUUUGGCAGAGUUUUUAUCUUUAAACAGAGCCAGGCCAGCUGUUUCGUUGUUUCCAGUCUUUAUGCUAAGCUAAGAUAACCAAUGUUUCUGUCCGCUCAUCUGACUCUUGUUGAGAAAGCAAAUAAACGUAGUUCCUAAAAUGUGAAACUUUUCCUUAAAUCCUAGAAUAAUCUUUAAUGGAGAUGGGUAUUAAAAAAUGGUAAUAAUGGUAGUCUAGACUUUGCAUAUUAUUAUUGAUCUAUUGAAGCAGGCCAUUUGAAUUUUUAGUGUGCCAAAUGUGUGGGAUCAAAGCUUUAUCUGAGCAGGAUUUGCACUUUGCAAACCGUAAAAUCAGCUCAGUUGUGACCAAGCGGUUCAACGAAACACAAUUCGAAUGAAUCUCCACCAAAGUCUUUGCUAAAUUUAAAAGUUAAUGUACAGAACAGCCUUGUCAAGGGUUGGAAAUUAGCGUCAUCCACCUGCCUAAUACUGGUAAAAUAUGCAAGUGGUUGCAAGAUGUACAUCACUCACCAGCCAAAAUAAUCUAUUGAGUGGCUGGUAGAGUUUGGAAUCCACCGGCCACAGUGGCAGGUGGGCAGUGAAGUUAAUUUCCAAACCUGUGGUAGAUGUGUGGUGUUAAAUGGAAAGCAUAUCAAAUCACUUGGCCUGUAAACAUGUUGGGCGGCCCUGCAUCUCUCAGCUACCACAGCCUGUAAGGAGGAUGUGGGGUGACUGACCUUGGAGCAUUUACCCACAAAGCUGGGCCCGUGUUAAUGAAGUGACUCGUCCAAAUGUCCGGAUCAGUCCUGCCUUUUUACUGACAUACCUUCAUGUGUCGAUGUGUGAUUUGACACUUUCUGAAAAUGAGCCCUUCCAUCAUUACUCUGGCGAGACUCCUUUUUGAACAUGGUGUAGUGUUUGUGCAUUAAAAAGACAACUGUGCGCUCUGUGAAUCAUUGUGGUAGGAUAAGACUUAGACAGAUAUAACAAUAGAACUAUCGUCUGUGUAUCGUGAUGACAUUUGAGAUUUAGUGAUAACCAGAGUACUGUGGUAAACGUCGACAAUAACACUACAUUUCAGUAGCUUCUGCAGUUAGCCUUAACACAGUGACAUGAUACAGCAUUCCUAAACACUGGCAAGGCAGCGUAGAUACAGUUCACCCUGUAUGAUGCCUCAUCUCCUCGAUGAUUGCACAUGUUGUAUUUUUGCAAAUCAGCUUUUGGACCAAAAUAUAUUUUACAAAGAA